AUGAUCGCCCCAAUCAAGCCAUCCCCUUCCCUCGUCCGCGUCCCAGCCAGCGCAUCCGCGGACGAGGUGCUCUCCAUCCUCCGCCGCGACGGAGGCCUCAUUGUUGAAAAACUAGGCGACCCCGUCGUAAUCGACCAAGCAUGGACCGAGAUCCAAUCUGAAAUUAACAACAAAUCUUUCGACCACACAGGCGUGACCUUCGCCAAAGAAAGCCGACGCGUGUGCGGCCUCGCAGGGAAAAGUCCCACAUUCGCAACAAAGCUGCUCACGAACCCGCUGUACCAAGAAGUCGCGCACAAGCUGCUGUCCAAGACGACGACAGUCUGGUACGGCAAAGAGAAGACCACGUCGACCAGUUUGCCGCAGGUGACGAACACUAUGGCGUUCUGGCUGGGUCCUGGGUCUCAGGCGCAGGGCCUGCACCGCGAUGACCAGUGCCAUCAUACGAGACAUCCGGCGAAGUAUGAGACGGAUUUGGGGAUCAUGUUUGCGGGGACACCGUCGAGGAAGGCCAAUGGGGCGACGAAUGUUGUGCCUGGGUCGCAUUUGUGGGAUGAUGAGCGAAAGCCGAGUAUGGAGGAGGCGUGCCCGGCGGAGUUGGAGAAGGGAGACGCGUUGAUCUGGCUGGGCUCUACGUACCACGGAGCCGGGCACAACAGCACUACAGACCAAUAUCGUCUGCUCCUGGCAGGGUUCAUGACCCCCGGAUGGUGCCGUCAAGACGAGAACCAGUAUCUCGCUAUCCCACUUGAGACGAUCCAAUCUUACCCGGAGGAGGUACAACAGCUGCUGGGCUACCGUAUCAGUCGUCCGUACGGGGGGUUCGUCGAGCAGAUGGAGCCGAUUGACUUUUUGAAGGCGAAUGGGGAUUAUACAAAGUGGGUUCCUGGGGAUUUGAUCUAA